AUAUCCCGUCUCACUGUGUCCUGGAAUGUAGUUCCGGUUGGUGAGGGGGAUAAAAGCUGUGGCCUGCAGCCGGACCAGUGGCGCCCUCGUCCUUGCAAAGUUUACCCAGUAGGAUUUUUCCUGCAGACCCGGAUCCAGUCAUGUCGAAGUCAAAGGAUAUGGGUUCUUCCAUCAUCCACACCCAGCAGAUGCACGCUGCCAUGGCCGAUACUUUCAUCGAGCACAUGUGUCUGCUGGACAUCGACUCUGAACCUGCUGUGUCUCGCAACACUGGCAUCGUCUGCACAAUUGGACCUGCGUCCAGAUCUGUGGACAUGUCCAAGGAAAUGAUCAAGGCUGGGAUGAACGUUGCAAGAAUGAACUUCUCCCAUGGAACACAUGAGUACCACGCUGAGACCAUCAAGAAUGUCCGUGAGGCAACUGAGAGCUUUGUGCCAGGAUCUCUGGAGUACAGACCUGUGGCCAUCGCUCUGGACACCAAGGGACCAGAAAUCAGGACUGGACUCAUCAAGGGCAGUGGCACUGCUGAGGUCGAGCUCAAGAAGGGUGAAACCAUCAAGCUCACACUCGACGACCAGUACAUGGAGAAAUGUGAUGAGAAAGUUCUGUGGCUCGACUACAAGAACAUCACCAAGGUCGUGCAGGCUGGAAGCCACAUCUACAUUGAUGAUGGUCUGAUUUCCCUCAUGGUUAAAGAAAUUGGCAAUGACUUCUUGAUGUGUACCAUUGAGAAUGGCGGUAUGCUGGGCAGCAAGAAGGGCGUGAACCUCCCCGGAGCUGCUGUCGACCUGCCCGCUCUCUCUGACAAGGACCUGAAGGACCUGCAGUUCGGCGUGGAGCAGGGCGUUGACAUGGUCUUCGCCUCCUUCAUCCGCAAGGCUGCUGACGUUCAGGCCGUCAGGAAAGCGCUCGGCGAGAAGGGCAAGGACAUCAAGAUCAUCAGCAAGCUUGAGAACCACGAGGGUGUGCGCAGAUUCGAUGAGAUCCUGGAGGCCAGUGACGGCAUCAUGGUUGCCCGUGGAGACCUGGGCAUUGAAAUCCCAACAGAGAAGGUCUUCCUCGCCCAGAAGAUGAUGACCGGCAGGUGCAACAGGGUCGGAAAGCCCAUCAUCUGCGCCACACAGAUGCUGGAGAGCAUGACCAAGAAACCCCGCCCCACUCGCGCUGAGGCCAGUGAUGUCGCCAACGCCGUGCUGGAUGGCAACGACUGCAUCAUGCUGAGCGGUGAGACCGCCAAGGGAGACUACCCCCUGGAGGCUGUGCGCACACAGCACAUGAUCGCCCGCGAGGCCGAGGCAGCCAUGUUCCACAGGCAGAUGUUCGAGGAGCUUCGCCGCACCACUCAUCUGACCCGUGACCCCACAGAGUCCAUCGCUAUCGGUGCCGUCGAGGCUUCCUUCAAGUGCUGCGCCAGCGCCAUCAUCGUGCUCACCAAGACUGGCAGGUCUGCUCACAUGCUGUCAAGGUACAGGCCCCGCGCCCCCAUCAUUGCCGUGACCCGCUGUGGCCAGACUGCCCGCCAGGCCCACCUGUACCGCGGAGUCUACCCCGUGCUGUACACCAAGACUGCCAACGACGUCUGGGCUGAGGACGUUGACCUGCGUGUGAACUUUGCCCUGGACUACGGCAAGAACCGCAAAUUCUUCAAGUCCGGUGACGUGGCCUUGGUUGUUACCGGCUGGCGCCCCGGUGCCGGUUACACCAACACUAUGAGAGUUGUGCUGGUGCCUUAAACAUCAUUAAAGGACAUUAGUAACCUUCCCCCCUCCCCUUUCCUGUAACCGGCCCCCCCCCUCCCCCCCCCCCCCCCGUGUCGGACUUCUCUUUUCCAAAAGCAACUCAAAAACCAGGCCGUUCCCUCAAAGGACUUUCGAUGGUGUCAUUCAAAGACAGUAACACUUUUCAUCCAUAUCUGUAAUUUAUUGUCUAAAUCCUGCUUCCAGAGACUGAACUCAAAACCUUUUAGCGGAAACUCUCCUGUCAUGUGUGUGCGGACUCGGUUUGCAUGGUGAACAGAGUGCAGGUACACAUUAUGUUGGUUCUUUAAUUUUCCAGGGAUAACCAUGAGAAUGUGCAGUUAUUUUCUUCUCCAGUUGUUGCAAAAUGUGACUCCAAAGUCAUUUGGCAUGACUGGUUUCCAUUAAAAGGAAUUCUGGGGUCAA